CUUCGGCUCUUCCUCCUCGGCUGCCGGGGGGCCCCACUCAGCAGCGCCCGCCCAACGCCGCCAUGGGGAUCUCUUCGCCUCCGCCGCCGCGGAGCCCUAGCUCCGACGGCGAUCCGACCGAGGCCGCAAAGCUCGCCGUCGCCGCCCUAGCGGUGCCAGCUCGCCUAUGGAGCUCCCUCGUCGCCCGCCUACGUUCGCUCCCGGGUCGCCGCCGCCGCCGCCGCGGCCGGCGCCCUGCUAUCCCGCUCCUCAUCCGCACUGCCGCCGCCCACCCUGCCCGGGUUACUGGUGAGAUGCCUGAAGCUUUCGGCAUCCUAGAAGAUAUUGCACAACACACGCUGUCUAGUUUGCAUGGUAUUCAGAAAAGCUUACUCUUUUGGCAGUCCAAAGCUGAGGGAACAAAUUCACAGAAAAUGUAUUUCAUGAUAUUUGAAAGAGGCCCAAGGGCCUUUGUUAAAUCAACAUAUCAGACAUUGACUAGACUAAGGAGCAAUGAGAGUCCAAUCCAGUACCUGUUGCACUCUGCAUCGGAUAUGGUCUCAACAAAACUUGCUGUCCUGACAAGCAUGCAACACUGCUUGGCCGCUUUUCUUGCUGAGAUUUACUGCGAAGUUGAUAAAUUCAGAGAAGGAUUAACUGAAAAUUCAGAUAAAUCGCUUCACACACUGUUUGUUGUUUUGAAUACUGUCUUCUCCAAAUUGGAGGCAUCACUCCAAAAUGUUCGUGAGGGGCGAACUCUACUGGUUCCACCUGAGGGAAGCUCAUCUGAAAUCCUCUUUGAAAGGUUGCCAGAAAUUGAUUAUGAGAGUUCAGAGUGGACUGAGGCUUCCUCAACAGAUGCUAUAAGUUUGAUCUACCAAAACCUCCAGAAGUUAGAUAAUUUUGUUUCCUCUCAGCUUUCAAGCCACAAAAGACCAACACAUAUGACCAUACACUGGUUGCCCUACACAUGUGGAGCAUUGGGCCUUUCGGCAUGUUCUCUAUGGCUUCUGCGACAUAGUAGCUUGAUGGGAAGUCCUGACAUUGACAACUGGAUUCAAGGUGCCAAAGAGUCAGUAGCUGGAUUUUGGGAUGUGCAUGUUGAGAAACCUAUCAUUUCCAUUAGAGGUGAGCUUUUCGAGACAUUCAAAAACAGAGGUAAACAUGUAAUGGAUAAACAAGAGGUCCAACUGAAUGAAGAAGUAUUGCACAGGAUGAUGCUUGCCUUUUGUCAGGAAACUUCAAACGAGAAGCUUCCACAAGAUUUAUCAGAGCAAGCACUUAUGAAAAUUUUCAUGGAGAGAUAUGAGAAGGAAUGGACACAUCCUGUUAAGAAUCUUUUUCGUGGAGAGUUAGUAUAUGCCAUUCUUAUCCAGCUCCAGAAGCGUACAGUCGAUAUCAAGCAGGCAUUGCUGGAACUGGAUCAGAUUCUUAAGGGAAAUGCGAUAAACUUUGCUAUUCUUGCAGCUUUACCUGCAUUUGGUGUUUCGCUUUUGCUCCUCACUGUGGUGCAAGCAUGGGUUAUGAAUGAUCAAGGCGCAGAGGGAAGAGGUAGGAUUGCACGGCGUCAAAGAAGGCUGCUGCUUCUUGAUGCAGAGAGAAAGCUUAUGGAGUUUAAGAAUUGCACAAUUAAUGGAAUGGAGGAAGAGGCAUGCUGUAAGUUCGGAUUAACACUGUACACCCUCGAUAGAUUAUACAGAGCUGUUGAAUCACAUGCAGAAGAAACAGGCGAGUGGUCGAGAUUAAGAGAAGACAUUUUGGAUCUGGCGAAACCUAAGAUGGGUAUGGCCGACAAGCUGGUGGUUCUUUCACGGCUGAAGGGAACGUACGACUGCUUUCCAUAGCCAGAAGAGAGAGGGGGGCCGGGGGGGUGUCGCUGCAUCUGAAAAUUUCCAUAUUUUUUUCUCGGGUGGUGAUUGGUGAACUUACAGUGCUUCAUUUUGAGAAGACGAAGGCGCAAAUCCUACUGUGGCAUGCAGUCUGAAUGUCUGAUCCGCCUGCUGGUAGGAAUUCAUGAAGAUUUUGACACCGAACAUACGAUAGAGAAGUGGCCUUGUGCCUGUCCUAAUGCCUACUACUUGUUUCUCAUUAUGUAUCUCCCUGUACAACUAGUCUAGUUUGUGGUAAACUGGCGAUGGAUGAUCUUUUGUGAUGAUAAGAGCCAUACUUCCAUGCUUCCAUCAUUCAACUGGUUCACUACAAGCUGCAAUGAUUCAGUGAUAAUGUGCUAUUUCACUCGGUUGUGGAUCCAGCGUGGCUGCUAAGGGCUCCUACCUUGGACUCUCCUUGAAAGACAAGAGGAAGGGAUGGAGGAAAAAGAUGGAAAGAAAGAAGAGUACCGGGCUGAAGGAGUAAAAAAAAUUAGCCUACCCUCUCUCAUUGGGCUGGAUUUGGGUUCAGAUUCUCUGCAGUAAUAUAUAGGAACAUGUAAGGAGAACAGUAAAUCAAUAUCAGUACAUAAAAUACUAUAAAAUACUAUAGUAACAGCAA